UUGACAUUUGACAGUUCAGAAAGGUCUUUGCUGCCCCACUUGAUAAGGUGUUUCGUAACAGGUCUGGGAUUGUGAAUUUGAUCAAAUAUCUACAAUGUAUCACCAAUUAGGAAGAAUGAGCGGCAGGCUGGUGGCUGCAACCCACCUGCAGAACCCACUUUUCCCUAUCGCACCAGUGGCGCUGCAACGAGUGGAGCCACCGAAGAUUGUGUACAACACCAAUCAAAUGUCCACCGUGAGCGAGGCCUGCCCCACCACUUCAAGACCUAAGCGCUUGAUACCCGGAACCAACAUUCCCUUCCCACCUGUCAGCGAAGAAAUAAAACGCAAGCAGGAGCUGUUCCAGAAAGACAAUGGUGUGCCAGUAUUCCUGAAGGGUGGUCCAUUUGACGCUGUUCUCUACCGCUUCACAAUGCUUCUGUGCAUUGUCGGCCUGAUGGGUUUCGCUCACACCAUCUAUGGACAUGCUGUACCCAAGAAGUAAAAUUAUGUGAUUAUUGAUUAGAAAAUUAUUUAAAGUACUGUGAAGAAAUAAAAGUUUAGUUGCCCACUA